CUGCAACAAAACUAUUCCCGCCGCGUGGCCUAUAGUUUGUGGAUCACGGUUGCGGUUUGGUUAUAAAUCCCGCCAUCUCCGCAUCAAGCGACGAAUUUUGAUAGUAUUACUUUUGUAAGGAGUACUAAGGAAAAUGUGAUGUGAUGUGAUCUGAUUUUGUACCGUCUGAAUGUUUAGUUCGUUAUCGUUUAUGCCAAAAAGAUUUAUUAUAAUUUUAUGUUGAGUUGAUUCCACCAUUUCCAUAGCCGCGUGUUGUGCUACACUGAACAAAUUGAAAACAAGCAGCUAUGGCAAACGUAUCCGUUGACAAAGAAACGUUCUUUCGACGUAUGAAGCGGCUUUAUACGGCGUGGAAGGAUGGAGAAGUUGGUACAGAUGACAGUUUUAGUAAAAUGGAUUGUCUCGUUUCUGCUGUGGGCACAGAUGAAGAUAUCGUUUAUAGUAAAUCAACAGCACUGCAAACCUGGCUACUUAGUUAUGAACUUACUGAUACCAUAAUGAUCUUAGCAGAAGAGUCUAUUUGCUUUUUAGCGAGUAAGAAAAAAAUUGAAUUUUUAAGAAAACUGGAAAAUCAGAAAACGGAAGAGACUGGAGUACCUCCUGUAAAACUGCUUGUCAGAGAUAGGACUGAUGAAGAUAAGGCUAAUUUUGCUAAACUUAUUGAAAUUAUAAAAGAAAGUAAAAAUGGUAAAACAUUGGGUGUUUUUUCAAAAGAAAAUUAUCCAGGUGCCUUUAUGGAUGCAUGGAGAGCUGCUUUGAAAUCGGAAUCUUUUGAUACGGUUGAUGUGAGUGCUGCAGCUGCAUAUGUAAUGUGUCCAAAAGAGGAUGCCGAAAUUCUUACUAUAAAAAAGGCUUGUAUAGUAUCUGUAGAUGUUUUCACGAAGUACCUUAAAGAUCAAAUCAUGGAAAUUAUUGACUCUGACAAGAAAGUCAAGCAUUCAAAACUUGCUGAGGGUGUAGAUGCGGCUAUAACAAAUAAGAAAUAUGUAACUGGUGUUGAUGUUACCCAAGUAGAUAUGUGUUAUCCAGCAAUAAUACAGAGCGGCGGAAAUUAUUCUCUAAAGUUCAGUGUUGUCAGCGAUAAAAAUACUUUGCAUUUUGGUGUCAUUGUAUGUUCCCUUGGAGCACGUUACAAAUCUUAUUGUUCUAACAUAGUUCGAACAUUAUUAGUAAAUCCUACUAAGACAAUAGAGGACAAUUAUAACUUCCUUUUGCUUUUGGAAGAAGAGAUUCUGAAAAAACUGGUGGCUGGAGUGAAAAUUAGCGAAGUAUACGAAACAGGUGUAAAAUACGUAAAGAACGAGAAACCAGAAAUGAUAGAUCAUUUAACCAAAAAUUUUGGAUUUGCGAUGGGUAUCGAAUUUAGGGAAAGCUCGUUACUCAUCGGUCCAAAAACUCAUGCAAUAAUAAAGAAAGGCAUGGUGUUCAAUGUUAAUGUUGGAUUAGCAAAUCUUACAAACCCAGAUGCUACUGACAAAGAGGGAAAGGUCUAUGCUCUUUUCAUUGGUGAUACUGUUAUGGCUAAUGAGGGACAACCUGCUGUAAACUUGACGCCAUCAAAGAAGAAAUUGAAAAAUGUCGGAAUAUUUGUUAAAGACGAAGAAGAGGAGGAAGAAGAAGGCAGUGGCAAAGAAAAUGAACCUAAACCGGAAAUUCUGGGCCGUGGUAAAAGAACAGCGGUAAUUGAAUCCAAAUUGCGAACAGAACAUAGUUCAGAGGAAAAAAGGAAGCAGCAUCAGAAAGAGCUUGCGCAGCAGUUAAACGAAGUGGCAAAAGCUCGAUUAGCUCAGCAAUCUGGUGGGAAAGAACAAGAAAAGAUACGAAAAUCGACAAUAUCAUAUAAAAGUCUGAGUCACAUGCCGCGAGAACCGGAAGUAAAAGAGCUUAAAUUAUAUGUGGAUAAAAAAUAUGAAACUGUAAUUCUACCAAUCUUUGGUAUACCUGUACCAUUCCACAUAUCCACGAUCAAGAACAUUUCUCAGUCUGUAGAAGGAGACUACACGUAUCUCAGAAUAAAUUUUUUCCAUCCUGGUGCGACAAUGGGUCGUAACGAAGGAGGAUCUUAUCCUCAACCUGAUGCCACAUUUGUUAAAGAAGUAACAUAUCGAAGUACAAACACGAAAGAACCCGGUGAAAUUUCAGCACCAUCAUCGAACUUAAAUACAGCCUUUAGACUGAUAAAAGAGGUCCAAAAGAAAUUUAAGAACAGAGAAGCAGAAGAAAGAGAAAAGGAAGAUCUUGUGAAACAAGAUACUUUAAUACUGUCACAAAAUAAGGGUAACCCGAAACUGAAGGACUUGUAUAUUCGACCAAAUAUUGUAUCAAAAAGAAUGACUGGAGGCUUAGAGGCACAUGUGAAUGGUUUUCGUUAUACCUCCGUUAGAGGAGAUAAAGUUGAUAUACUUUACAAUAAUAUUAAAAAUGCCUUUUUCCAACCAUGUGAUGGCGAAAUGAUCAUAUUACUUCAUUUUCAUUUAAAACAUGCAAUUAUGUUCGGUAAAAAGAAGCAUGUGGAUGUACAAUUUUAUACAGAGGUCGGUGAAAUUACAACAGAUUUAGGAAAACAUCAGCACAUGCACGACCGUGAUGAUCUCGCAGCUGAACAGUCAGAACGAGAACUUAGGCACAAGUUAAAAACUGCGUUUAAGAGUUUCUGCGAGAAGGUUGAAAGUAUGACAAAGCAAGAAAUUGAAUUCGACACACCGUUCAGAGAAUUGGGAUUCCCUGGUGCUCCAUUCAGAAGCACCGUUCUUUUGCAACCUACUAGUGGUUGCUUGGUUAAUCUCACAGAAUGGCCUCCAUUUGUUAUCACUUUAGAGGACGUUGAGCUUGUCCAUUUCGAGAGAGUACAAUUUCAUCUGAAGAAUUUUGAUAUGAUAUUUGUUUUCAAAGAUUAUCAUAGAAAAGUCGCGAUGUUAAAUGCUAUUCCCAUGAACAUGCUGGAUCAUGUGAAAGAAUGGCUGAAUUCUUGCGACAUUAGAUACACGGAGGGCGUACAAUCUUUGAAUUGGACAAAAAUUAUGAAAACAAUCACGGAUGAUCCUGAAGGUUUCUUUGACAAUGGCGGUUGGACAUUCUUGGAUCCAGAAAGCGAUGCAGAAAAUGAAGAUGUGGAAGAUGAGGAAGAAGAAGAAGAUGAUGCUUAUGAGCCAUCUGAUUUGGAUAGCGAAGAAGAAUCAGACGAUGACUCUGAAUACUCUGAAGCCUCGGAAGACUCAGACAGCGAAGAAGAAUUGGGUAGUUCAGAAGAAUCCGGUAAAGACUGGUCAGAUUUAGAACGAGAAGCAGCCGAAGAAGACAAAGAAAGAGGGGACGAUCGAUUUCACGAUGAUUACAAUUCUAGCAAGAAAAAGAAAUCAAGUCGAAAACACUCACCUUCACCAUCAAAAGACAGACACAAUUCAAAACAUAAGAGUUCUUCCAGUUCAAAAAGUAAAAGUUCGUCCAGUAGUAAAGAUAAAAAGUCGUCAUCGUCAGAUAAGCACAGAUCGGAUCGAUCGCGGAGUGGGGGAUCACACAAGAAAGUAUCUCCUUCCAAAUCGUCCAAACACAGUCCCAAGAAGAGCGACAGACACGAUAAACAUGAUAGACACGAUAGACACGACAAACAUAAAUCCAGCCAUUCUUCGUCUAGCAGUAAAAAGCGAUCUCGCGAGGAAAGUUCAGAGAGAAACGAUAAAUCAUCCAAAAAAUCUAAGAAAUGAGAUGGAUCAUCUAUGCAUGAGAGAUAAAAGCACAUUUGAAAACACGAACAUCAUGUUGAUUCUACGUUAAGCUUUCUUACUUGUG